AUGUCUCUCUGGUUGAAAAUUGCUGCCGGUUUUCGAAAUGUUAAUGAUAACCACGCGCUUUCGCCACCACGGGUCACGUCUUCUUUUUUCAUCAGGACAAUCAGGCUGAGUGGCAAGUACAAGAGAGAGAAUAAGGAGUAUGGAUAUUCGCUGGCAUUGCCAAAGACUAAGUUGUCUCUCACCUUAAGAGACGGGGCAGCUUUGCAACGUGAGAAAAAAAUCCAGAAGAAAUUCGGAUUUACUUCCCUUUACCAGUGGCAGUUAACUCAAGACAGAGACCAGCAGUUUGUUUUACAUGAUGGACCUCCUUAUGCCAAUGGAUCAUUACAUGUCGGCCAUGCUGUGAACAAGAUUCUGAAGGACAUUGUCAACCGAUAUAAAUUGCUGCAAGGUUACAAAAUUAAGUAUCUUCCUGGUUGGGACUGCCACGGUUUACCAAUUGAGCUGAAAGCUAUAAAGCAAGAGGGAGAAAUAAAGCCCCUUUCUCCAUCCAUCAUCAGAAGCAAAGCUCGUAGAUUUGCCCAAAAAGUAGUCAGGAGCCAGAAGUUAUCUUUUCAAAAAUGGGGAAUCCUUGGUGACUGGGAUAACGCUUACCAAACUAUGGAUGUCAUGUAUUCUGUUAAUCAACUGAACGUCUUUUAUGAGAUGUACAAAAAGGGUUUAAUAUACCAAGAAUUUAUGCCCGUAUAUUGGUCACCAUCAUCUCGAACAGCAUUAGCUGAAGCAGAACUAGUUUACAAUUCAAAUCAUGUCAGCCAGUCCUUGUGGCUUACAUUUCCUGUUGCUAAAAUUCCAGAUAAAUUCCAUGAACUCAUUCAACAACAAUUCUUGGACAAACCGUUUUAUCUGUUAGUAUGGACGACAACACCAUGGACCAUUCCUGCAAACCAGGCCAUCUGUUUCAGCCCCCAAAUAAGUUACUGCUGCAUUUUAGCCAAUGAUAAUAUCUACAUCUGCUGUGAAGAGUUUCUCCCUUCAGUAAACCAAAUUCUUGGAACCAACUAUAAAAUUUUGUGCACAUUUAAUGGUGAUGCAUUUUCUACUAUGAUCUACCACCACCCAAUCAGUCUGGAGGAGUUGCCAUUAUAUCCAGCUAGUCAUGUGACUUCUGCCAAAGGCACAGGAUUGGUCCAUACUGCUCCUGCACAUGGUCACGAUGACUUCCAUAUAGCAAUUGAACAUAAGCUCCCUGUGAAAUGUCUCCUUGGAGAAGAUGGUUCCUACUUGCCUGAGGCAGGACCCCACCUGGCUGGGAAAACAGUUGGAGUCGAUGCAAAUACUGCAGUUUUGGAUUUACUGGGAAAACAUGUUCUAAAAGUAGAAGAUUAUAAACAUAGUUAUCCCUACGACUGGCGGACCCAGAAACCUGUGAUAAUUUGUGCCAGUAAACAGUGGUUUGUGAAUACACAGGUACUGAAAAACAAAGCCAUUGAAUGUUUGAGAUCUGUUACUGUAUAUCCUCCUUUGUCUGAGAAUGGGAUGCUCUCUCAACUGGAUUCCAGAACCUAUUGGUGCAUCUCCCGACAGAGAGUAUGGGGUCUACCGAUUCCCGUCUUCUAUCACCGAACAUCAGGGAAACCUUUUAUCACACGCUCCAGUAUCGAACAUAUAGCUUCUGUUUUUGUCAAACAAGGCACUGACGCUUGGUGGGACCUUCCAAUUGAGCAGUUACUACCGGAACACAUUCUAAAAGAGAAUAAUGCUGGUGAAGCCACUGACUAUGUGAAAGGGAAAGACAUCUUUGACAUUUGGUUUGACAGUGGCACUUCAUGGUCUGUUGUUUUAAAAGAAAUGAAUUACGAAGCUGAUCUCUACCUCGAAGGAUUAGACCAAUUUGGCGCCUGGUUCCAAACAUCUCUCCUUACGAGCAUUGCAAUGAAGGAGAAAUCACCUUACAAGUCUAUUGUUGUCCAUGGUUUUACUGUUGAUGAGAGUGGAAAGAAAAUGUCAAAGUCUGUUGGGAAUGUAAUAAAUCCUGAUGAUAUCAUCAAUGGAUCCAAGGAUGGUAAAAUGCCCUCUUAUGGUGUAGACGUCCUGAGGUGGUGGGCAGCUAGCUUUGGACUCCAUACAAAUGUGCCCAUUGGACAUACAAUCCUAGCAAAAUGCAAUGAAGAAAUAUUUAGAAUACGCAAAUCCUGUCGAUUCUUGCUUGGUAAUUUGUUCAAUUUCUCCCCUUCUGAACACCUGGUGAGCUAUGAAUUGCUGUUGCCACAAGACAGAUAUAUGUUACACCUGUUAUAUAUGUUUGCUCAAAAGCUCUCAGAACUAUAUGCAUCUCAUAGAUACAAUAAAAUGACCUCCAUCAUUGAGAGUUUUAUCAAUUCUGAUGUUUCAAGUGUUACUGCGAUGGCCAUAAUGGUUUCUAUCGCCGUUCUUGCCAGACUGUCCAAUAUCAUAUACUCCACACCAUUCUCUACUACAUUGCCCCCAUCCUUCCACAUUUUGCUGAGGAACUCUUUGAACAUAUGCCAAAGCCUUUUGAAUAUGAAGAUGCUGCAACCCACUGAUCAGUCGAUUAAUUCUCCAUUGGUUGAAAUUCUGCAAGCUUCACAAGUUAAUUUGACGAGCCACAAACCUGACUCAGUUAUAGAUGAUGCAGAGAUAACAGCAGCAAAAUGUUCUGUAUAUCUCAAAGAUGGAAGUACAUCUGACGAGAACUUUACAUUGAUUAUCUUACCUUCUGAAAAGCAUCCUUGUGCUCGAUGCCGCCGAUCCACGGCCAAUACCCCUAAAGGAUUAUGUAGGCGCUGUCUUGAUGUCCUUGCAGAUGGAUAUGAAUGA